CACCAACUACCCCACUCCCUCAUCUCACCCCAUACUCUAAACCCCACCCACCCACUCCCACCCACCCCCAUCUCUCACUCAUACGCUUUCUCUAUGCUUUCUUGUUCAUGCUUCAAGUGCUUAAUCAAGAAAACAGCUUCUAAUAUUGGAACUGUUCAAUCUCUUCGCAGCUGAGUCUGAUUAUGUCUGGAAGAAUCCUCCCUAAUUUGCCUUUUUUCCAUUUUGUUUUCUAGAAGCUGGUGGAUCUGAGUGAAGUCCUGUGGAAUGAACAGCUUGUUUCAUACAUGUUCUACUGCAAUAUUAACAAGGACUAGCCGUCUUAUUGUGAAGAAUUCAAUCUGUGAAUUUCCAGCUCGUUCAUGGAAGACAAGCUUUGGUCAUGCUACAAUUAGAAAACUUAAUUCCAACUCGUAUUUGAAAAGAGUUUGUGCUCUUCGCUGCUAUUCGUCCAAAAAGCAUAGUGGAGAUAGUUCUCAACCACAGAAUUCUGAUCCCACCCCAGCAAUGAAGGAAGAGAAUGGUUUCUUUGUUGUUAGGAAAGGAGAUCUGGUUGGAGUCUACAGAAACUUGAGUGAUUGCCAGACCCAAGUCGGAUCGUCGAUAUGUGAUCCUCCUGUUAGCGUGUACAAAGGUUACGCCAUGCCUAAGGACACAGAAGAAUAUCUACUUUCUUGUGGGCUUAAAAAUGCUCUAUAUUCUAUCAGAGCUGCAGAUCUUACCGAAGAUCUCUUUGGUACUCUAGUCCCAUGCCCUUUUCAGCAACCUUCUUCUUCAAAAAGUGGAAUAUCUGAUCAUUUGCCAAAGAAGAGGUCACAGGAAGCAAUGUGGUCAGAAUAUGCGGAGGCUGUUGGAUCAGCAGUUAUUUCAAAUGAUUCCGUAAGAAAGCAUGUCAAGUUAGAACAACAUAAGGGUGACCAAGUUCUAGCUCUACCAUCUAGUCAACGUUCUUGUACUCUUGAAUUUGAUGGUGCUUCAAAAGGAAAUCCUGGACAAGCUGGCGCGGGAGCUGUUAUACGGGCUGAUGAUGGAAGUUUUACCCUCAGGCUACGUGAGGGUUUAGGAGUGGCAACAAGCAAUCAUGCUGAAUACAGGGGCUUUAUUUUGGGUUUGAAACAUGCACUUAGAGAAGGGUUUACAAGUAUUCGUGUUCAGGGUGACUCCAAGCUUGUUUGUAUGCAGAUCCAAGGUCUUUGGAAGGUUAAAAAUCAAAACAUAGCCACAGUGUUUGAGACGGCAAAACAACUGAAGGAAAGGUUCCUUUCUUUCCGCAUCAUUCAUGUCCUUCGGGAGUCAAACUCUGAUGCGGAUCAACAAGCAAACUUGGCUGUUGAACUUCCUGAGGGUCAAGUUCAGGAGGAAAUAGAGAAAUGACCAAUGCACAAAGAGAUGGUUUUCGAGUACAUGGCAAAAAUGUAGUAAUGGUACAGACAAGGAUUUUUACGCGCUAACCACUAGGUCCGGUUCUUGACAGAAUCUUGAUUCUUUGAGGGUCAAUUCAUAUUAUGAAGCCAGUGGAUUACAGUUAUUGUGAGUUCAUUCACUGUUUUAGUGUCCGCUUUGGAUUAAUCUUAUUGCAAUUAGGAAUUAUGUAAAUGUAAUUGGAACUUAGAUGUGGCCUGAUAACUGGCACCAGCAGCAAUGUUACUAUUAUUGGCUUUGAAUUUUCAGCA